AUGGUGCAGGACGCAAACCGCAUAUCCAAUAUAGCCGGACAAACACCGAAUCCUCCGUAUCAAAAGAAGAAAGGAAGGAGCAAAAAGAAGAAAACGCCCUUCAACAUCGGCAGUCGAAAAGUCGCCCCUCGCACGGCCAACCCUUACCCCGCGAAAGACUUUUUUUCCUCCCUCACGAUAGUCUCUACCCCGCCAACUGGAACACCGGCGGCGGGUCCUAUCCAGCACGACGCUCAGAGUUUUCUGCAAGCUCGAUCUUCACAAGAUGCAAGCGAGUGGGCAAAGAAGGGCCGUCCACCGGCCGCCGGGUCGUGCGGGCCUUGCCCUCUCCAACUCGCUUUAGGCUGCUGUUCUUGGCUUUUCUCUUCGAGGUUUGAGUGGAAGCCCCCGGGGGGCGAAAGGCAAAGGGUGAGGGGGUCAUGCCGGAAAGCGGGCGACGUCGUAUCAGCAUCGGCGAGAUCUCCCGCGACCGAAUUCACGAGUGCGGUCUCGUGCCAGUGGGGGCUGCGAAGAACGAUGGAUCAUGGCGUAUCUAUUCUACGGAUACAUACAGGCGGGUUUGAGACCUCUGGCAAAUUCGGCUUCUGCACCUUCGCUGACCUCACCAAGCUGACUAGAGCGUUACCGAACAACCUCAUGGUGCAGUUUGCCUGCAGCCUCGGUGCGGCACAGCACCGCAUGCUGGCGCCUUUCUUCUCAGCUGUUAGCCUGUUUCGAGAUGUCAGCUCUGCAUGA